AUGAGCCUGACCCAGUUCUACCUCGCCGCCGCUUCCACCCAAGACUCGCCGUCAACCACAAUCCACAAUGGCUUUCAUACCGCUUCACAACCCUUAACAAUCCCCACCAGCGCCCCUUCCUACAACAACUCGACCCCCGCCAUGGCCUACACCCCAGCAUCCGCUGCUUCUCUGAGCAAGGUCUCGACGGCCGCCAACAGCCCAAGCGAUCAAUGGAACAUGUCACACUACCAACGAUCCGUUGACCGCGCCGUUCCCAUAUCUCUGCCUCCUUCUGCCAUGUCCGACUAUGCCUCUCCCUCGACGAACGUAUCCUCGUCUUACAGCUCCAUGACCGAAGCUUUUGGCAUGUCCAAGGGUACUGGUCUCAUACGACGUUUGUCUCGCGGCGCCCACAACAGACUCAGGCGAAGGCCCUCCACCACACAGACCAAUCGCAUCCGCGAUCAAAGCGCUGGUCCCGUCCUAGUGCGCAGACGGAGCGACAGCACUGGCCAGUCCGACCUCGCUGGCGACAUGUCCGACCUCGAUCUCGGACGCACUUCAGAGGACGGUAACGAAGACACAGUCACCUCCUACCCACCUCCAGAGUCGUCAAUAUCACUCGGCCUGCUUGCCAGUCGUAAGGUUUCAGCAGCAAUGGCCGAAGGCGGUGUUGCUCCGACCAUCUCAUCCGUGCUGGAGCAAGGUACCUGGCUUACCAAGGUCACCAAGAAGAAGCGCAAGGUCCUCAAAUUCCGUUUGGAUCCCCUGGCUGCCAAAGUGUGCUGGAAUCCAUCAAAUCCCUCCAAACAAUUCUACAUAGACGACGUUCGCGACAUUCGAGUCGGCGCCGAGGCGAAAUCAUCACGCCAGGACAUCCAGAUUCCCCCUGAUCAAGAACGAUGCUGGAUUACCAUUGUUUACGAUGCCUACGAACGAUCCAAGGGCAGUUCAAUCAAGACCAUGCAUCUCAUCGCCCCAAACGACUAUAUCGUCAAGCUCUGGACUGAUGCGCUGAACGUCGUAUCACGCGAGCGCAUUGAGAUCAUGAAUGCGCUAUCAGCAAAUCCCGAGAAGAGCGAGCGCAGUAUGAGAAUGGCGUGGAAACAGGCCACGUCACGCAAGAAUCCCGACGCCGAACCAAAGGUCGAUUUCGAGGAUGCAAAGUGGAUCUGUCGCAAACUCGAAAUUAACUGCUCCAUCAACACCAUCCGCACGCACUUCAAUCAUGCAGACCUCGAUCUGGUUGGUGAGCUCAAUUACUCUCAAUACCAAUACUUCGUCAAUCUCUUCAAAACCCGCAAAGACGUCCAGUCGCUCUACUACGGCAUCAAGCGCUCAGACGAGCCAGAACUCAACCAAGAGGCUUUCCUAGAGUUUUUGCGCAAUGAACAACAUAUUGACGUCGAAAAGGAUCGUGCUUCAUGGGAAAGCAAGUUCGAGCUUUAUUGCCGAAGCGCUUCUGGAAAAGCUACCGAUCGGCAGGUACCCUCCACCAUGAAUUUACAGGCCUUCCAGACCUUCCUCUCCUCCGGAUCAAAUGGAGCCACAGCUUCAAUCAAGUCUGAUCCUACUCUUGAUCGUCCACUCAAUGAAUACUUCAUCUCAAGUUCUCACAAUACAUACCUCAUGGGCCGCCAGGUUGCAGGUCUGUCCAGUGUAGAGGGCUACAUCUCAGCUCUCGUCAAAGGUUGCAGAUGUAUUGAGAUUGACUGCUGGGAUGGCAAGAAUGGUCUGCCCAUUGUCAAUCAUGGUCGAACCUUGACCACUGAAGUCAUGUUUGAAGAUUGUAUUGCUGUCAUCUCGCGUUAUGCAUUCGCAUCUUCAGUCUAUCCAUUGAUCAUCUCACUGGAGGUUCACUGUAAUGUAGAUCAACAGCUGCAUAUGGUCAACAUCAUGAAGCUCUAUUUCGGAGACGCUUUACUCAUCAAACCUCUGGUUGAGAAUGCAUCUGUACUCCCAUCUCCGGAAGAGCUCAAAAACAAGAUUCUGAUCAAGGUCAAGGCAGCUUCUCAGCAACAUACAACACAAGAUCUAGCAGAAAAUGGUAAUAAUUACAGGCANAGAAGCUUCAGCUCCCCUUUCAGCCGAGCUACAGAGAACAGCGUUCCUCCAUCACCACUGCAAAACGCUGUGGUUGGUGACGGGCUUGCCGCAAAGCCAUCAAACACUUGGCCUGUACUACGUGGCUCUUCGUCUGCUCAAAGUACAGUGCCUUCAACAUCGAGCUCUUCUGAAGACAGCGACAGUACACCCGCGUCUGUUGACUCGAAGAAGAGAAACAACAGCAAGAAAACCAGCAAUAUCAUGCCUCCCUUGGGUGCUCUUGGUGUCUACGCCUGCGGCAUCAAGUACUCCGACUUUUCUGCUCAAGAAGCCCGGACAUACAACCACAUUUAUUCCUUUGCUGAGAACACCUUUGAACGUAUCUCUAGAGAUCCCGAGGUCAAAAGCCAGCUCGAAAAGCACAAUUCUCGAUACCUUAUGAGAGUUUAUCCUGCCGCUAUUCGCAUCGACUCCUCAAACUUCAAUCCUCUUCAAUCUUGGAAGCGUGGAGUACAAAUGGCAGCUCUGAAUUGGCAAACAUAUGACAUUCACAUGCAAAUGAAUGAAGCCAUGUUCGCUGCUGGUACAGACCGAACCGGAUAUGUCCUCAAGCCUGAGGAGAUGCGUUACAACAAGCAAAACCAAGCCAGCGGUUCGAUACUCGACAGCUUGAGAUUUCACAGGAGAGGAAAGCACUUGGUACAAUUCAGCGUCGACAUCAUCUCAGCCCAACGUCUUCCUCGACCUCGAAAUCAUAACCCUGAGCUAGGCAUGAAUCCCUAUGUCGAGUUCGAAGUCUACACCGCCGAGGACAACAAAUCUCGUGGCUACGCCAAGGUCGAUGGCGGUAUUGAUAUCCAACCUUCUGGUAUGGGACCCUCUGUCAAGAGACGCACUAGAUUGAUCGAAGGCAAUGGAUUCGAUCCAAACUUUGGUGAUUGCUUCAGAGUCUCCCUCGAGACAAAAUACCCCAGCCUGGUUUUCGUCCGGUGCACAGUCUGGAACUCACCCGACGGACGCAAUGCCUCGUCUAACAGCACGCUCCUUGCCACCUUCACCGCAAAACUUACCAGUCUUCAGCAAGGCUACCGCCACCUCCCCCUCUUCAAUUCCUACGGCGAGCGCUACCGCGACGCCAAGCUGUUUGUCCGAAUCAAGAAGGAUUCGCCCAUUGCCUUGGCAUCAGCCGAGGCGNNGAGUCGAAAAGAUGACUCGUGCCCUAUAGUCUCUGGUCCGCGGGCGGAAUCCAUAAGACAAGGGUCAAGGUCAUGGUCGAGAAAGAUUUUCAAGCGGGCGUCGAGUGAAAGAAGACGGAGGCCACAGUGGCCUGAAUGGCAGGGACCACUUAGCCGCACUUCCAGCACCGAACGAUGUUAA